AUUUAUGAGCUAUUACAACGGCAAAUUAAAAAUUUAACAUACGGCGAAAUUUUAAAAGUGACGCAUGCGUUGCACAAUUUAUAUUGCCAAAAAAGAAGCAUAGCAAGAGCUGAACGUUCUUACUAAGUAAAUUGAAAACGUGUUAAUAUCAGUUUUAUGAUUAAACAUUUGAAUAGCUUUAUUAAAUAUUGAAAAUUUAUUGAACUAACAUAUUAAAUAACUUUUAAAAGGUACUUGCUCCCGGCGUAGUAACCUUUAAACGGAGUGGAAUAAAAAAACGCAGCAGCAAACGUAAGGGAAAGAAGAAACGGGUCGCCACAGCGAAAAAAUUGUCAAAUUUUCCAACAAGAAAGUGAUUUGCUGUUAAUAUUUAUAAAAUUUUUACACUUGAAUCAAAAUGGAGGAGAAAAAGGGAUUAUUAAUUAUUGACCCACCAUCCGAAUUACGAUUUGUUGGUCCAUUUAGUCGUCCCGUUGUCACGAUUAUGCGUUUGACAAAUCCAACAGAAAAUUCAAUACUUUUUAAGAUUAAAACUACUGCUCCAAAACGUUAUUGCGUACGUCCAAAUUUUGGCGCUGUCUUACCAAAUUCACAGAGUUCCGUGGAAAUUUGUCUACAAGCAUUUUCAUAUGAUGCAAAUGAAAAAAAUAAACAUAAGUUUAUGGUUCAAAGUCUUGUAGCUCCAGAGGAUUGUGCUGAUCCCAAUAAAGUGUGGAGGGAGGCAGAGCUAGAUCAAAUGAUGGAUGCAAAAUUAAAAUGCGUUUUUGAAAUGCCAGCUACUUCUGCAAAUGCUGAUACUAGUGGUUCGGCUCCAGUAGCAUCAGGAGCCUUACGAGAGAAUUUCACAAAGUCUUCAGGUGAAGAAAAGUUAUCAAAUAUACAAGCAACAUCAGAAGAUACAGAAGAGGUUAUUGCUGAAAUGAAACAAUUACGCGAAAAAAAUAUGGGUUUGCGACAAGAAGUUAUAAACUUAAAGGAGCAAAUUGUACGACUUAGAAGUGCACCAGCUAUGUCAGCUAAAACAAUCGAUGAGACGUAUGCACCUAUGAUUGCUGAAAAGCAGAUACCAGUUUUUUAUAUAGCAAUUUCGAUUGCUGCAGCCAUUUUUGGUAUUUUGCUUGGUAAAUAUUUACUCUGAAUGCAUCAAACUAUUUCAAUGCAAAACGCGACACAAUAUUAAUGAAAGUUUAUAAGAAGCAACAAAAGAAAGAAUUAUAACAAAAUUUCUAUACUUAUUAUACUUAAAUAAAAAAAUGUUAUUUACUUCAAUAAAAGAACAACAAAAAUAUGCAACAGCGAAAUCGAAACUUACAACAGAAAUAUAACAUAAAUAUAAUUUGCAAUUCGACAUAAAUCGGAUUAAUUAUCAUCAUUAAUUUAAAUAAUUUUCCAUAAACUUGCAAUAGAUGACAUCAAC